UUGUUUGUAUUAUUAUUAUUGUUACCAAUAUUACUAUAUCUCAUAAAAGUCACUGUUUCUUUUAUCUCUCAAACAUUUCAAUAACACCAAUUCAAGAAUCAUAACCCAUUUAGCUACCUAGAGUUGGUACACAACCUACAUGAGCUAAAGUUAGAGAGAGAGGGAGAGAGAGAGAGAGAGAGAGAGAAUAGAAAAGAAAGAAAAGAAAGUGGGGUUAGAGAGAGAAAGGGAGAGAUUGAGUUCUUGAAAGCUAGAAAGGCCAAAACUGAUCAUGGAAGUAGUAGAGCAGGCAGCAACAAAGAUGGGUUUUGAAGAGACUGAACUGAGGCUAGGGCUACCAGGAAAUGUUGGAGGAGGAGGGAGUAGUACUACAAAUACUGCUAGUGAAGGAGAGGUGGCAAGAAAGAGAGGAUUCUCUGAAACUGUGGAUUUGAAGCUUAAUCUUUCUUCGAAAGAACCAGGGAUCGAUCCAAAUGACAAUACUAAAACAAUAUCAAGAGAAAACAAUCUUCUCAGCGCCGAUGAUCCAGCCAAGCCUCCAGCUAAGGCACAAGUAGUCGGUUGGCCUCCAGUCCGUUCAUUCCGAAAGCACAUGUUAACUGUGCAAAAGAGCAGCAAUGAGGAGACUGAGAAGCUUGGUCUCAAUCCAACCUUUGUCAAGGUUAGCAUGGACGGGGCACCUUAUCUCCGAAAAGUGGACCUGAAGAUGUACAAGAGCUACCAGGAGCUCUCUGAUGCCCUAGGAAAGAUGUUCAGUUCCUUCACCAUAGGGAACUGUGGAUCCCAAGGAAUGAAAGAUUUCCUGAAUGAGAGCAAGCUCAUAGAUCUUCUCAAUGGAACUGACUAUGUUCCAACUUAUGAAGAUAAGGAUGGUGACUGGAUGCUUGUUGGGGAUGUCCCAUGGAAGAUGUUUGUUGAAUCAUGCAAGCGACUGCGAAUAAUGAAAGGAACUGAGGCGACUGGACUUGCACCAAGGGCCAUGGAAAAACGCAAGAACAGAAGCUAAAUGAGUGGCCAACCACAGCCUGCUCACUGUGAAGGGGGAAGAAAAAUAGCUACUUGAAAAGCCCACAGAUGGAUUGAGCAGGUUGUUAGGGUUGUUUCUGUAUUGCUAUUAAUUAUAAUACUAUGGUUUGUUUUAUAUAUUAUAAAUAUAUAUACUUUAUUACUAUUUGUGGAGAUAUUUUGAGUGUUAGUUAUUGUGGACAGGAACAUUAAUGACUUUUAAAAGUUUUAAGACCUGGUUAUCA